GAAUAACCGUUAGCGAGUUUUCGGGAGUACGACGACGACAUCCAAGAACGGUUUUUUUGAAGACGUAACAUUGAAGAUUUUUGAUCUACAUAUGUGUCUAAUAUUGCAUAGAGAAUGAAUACCAAGGAGAAGAAGGUGCUUCGUUUCCUUGACGAUAAUUCCAUUAUAUCAGUGGAGGAUAAGAGCUCCAUUCCUUUUGAUGAGAUUACUUUGAGAUCUUCAAUAGGGUCUCCCAUUGCAGCUUCAUCUGUUGCAAGACCUUUUCUGCCUCUUCCACACAGAGAUGGACAAGAUCUAGAGGAUUCACAUGCACAGCUAUUCCGUCAGCUAUCAAACACUAUGAAAGGAGCUGCUGCUUUACAAGAGGAUGGAGAUGCAAUGCCUGAUUCUGCUAGGUCAAGGGUCAGCUUUGCCCCUUCAGAUAUGACUGAUACAUCAUUGGGUAUCCUCAAUCUUGAUGACCUUGCUUCUGGUCUUGAGGAGUUAGACGAUGACUUUAUGGACCUCUCACAGGAUCUGCAGUCCCCUCGCUCUGGUACGGGAGAUGGGGAAGAGAUGGCAACCCCGCAGCCUGCCUUCCCACUGUCGUCUCACCCCAGGGAUGGUAACAUGAGUGGUAUGAUGAUGGGUACUUCACAGCACCCCUUCCCAUCGUCUGGCCCCGGUAACAGGUCUACUAUGAUGGUAUCACAGAUGAGUGCGCCCUCUAUCAUGUUCUACGAUAGCCAAGAGGACCAGGAGGAUGACGAUAAAGGCAUUGCCAGUGAUUUCUCAGACGGACAACCGACUCCAGUACCUGCCCAUGUUAUGCGAUCGAGAACGCAGGGGAGUGAAGGUGGAAGAAGCAGUGAGAUUGACACCGAAGAUGAGAUUAAUGCUGUAAGACAGGAAAAUGCCCAAACAAGGUUGUAUGCACCCGAUCCUUCUGAUCGGCUCGGAGUAGGAGAGAGCAGAGAUGACGAAGAUGAGAGGAAUCAACGAUUCAAUGGUUUGAGAGAUAUGUUGUUGUUAGACAAUCAGGUUUCCAGACUUCAGCUGGAUGGUGGAAGCUCGGAAGAUGACAAUCAGAGGAUUCCAAUUACAGAGCCGAGGCAAUCUGCUGAAGGGGAGGUGGUUAUCUUAGAUCCUGGAGACGGUGGUGGAGGGGGUGAUGGUAUGAGUGACGGAGAGACCACAAGCUCGGGACUACCCGAUGCACCGGUCACCUUUGGUCAGUCUACUCUCAUGGCAUUCCAAGGACAAGGAGCGAAUAGAAGCAGUAGAGACUGGACAAUGACCAGUGGGAUUGGGGCUGUAGAUCCUCCUGCUGUGGUUCGACGGUUUCCUGAUGCUGAUGAAGAUGCCGAUGAUGAGGAUGAUGAUGAUGAUAAUGGUGCCCCACACAUGGAAAUCUUUUCAGGUCAGUCACGAAUACAGCCGAUUGGAGAGACAGACAUCUGGCAGAAAGGAGCAGGAUCAAUGAACUUUAGUAGUAAGGCAUCCUUCCCACGGGAUAGUUCAACAAACUUUGAUAAGAGGUUCAAUGAGGAUUUCAGUGGAGCUUCAAACAUGAAUGGAGCUGGAGCUUCCAUGUUUGGAGAUGGUGUUCAGAAUCCCUUUGAUAGUGGUCCAUUUCCAGACCAGAAUGGUCUUCCAAUGACAGAUUUGGGAUUCGGUAGUGGAGAGGAAUUUAUUGCUGAAGAUGAUGCCAUGGCUAUGAUAGACAAGGAUCAAGAAGAGUGUGAAAGAGAUAACAUUUUCAGACAGGAUGAGACCAUGUCACAUGACCUGGGAGACGAUGUCCAAUCAGGAUGGGAGCUGCCAAAUGGUGGUCACAUGACACUGCGCCAGUCCAUGUCCCAGUCGGCUGCCGUGGCCUGGGAUGAUGAGAAGUCCUACAACCAUUCUGCCGAGAUGGUGUUUGCAUUGAGAUCGGAAGCACUUGGUUCUCUUUCUGGGAAUGGUGGUGGGGACAAGCCUCACUUUGGAGAUGGCACCAUCAUCUCACCACCACCUGUUCCUGCAUAUCCCCUGAUCAAUAGAUCAAUGAUUCUCAGUCACCAUGAUGAUGAGGACAUCUUUCCAGCAUCUCAGAGAGAAGCAGGAGUUGGACAAAAUACCCUUGAUGCGUCCAGAUCUCCUCAGAGUCUGUACAAGCCUGAUGUAGCAGGAGAAUCAUCUAAUGGAACUAGUGGACACCGAUUUGGUCAAGAAACGAGGCAAGAGGAGAAACCAGGGAACAGGUCCGGAGUCUAUGUUCCAACCAAGACCUUGUCAUUUCCAUUUGGCCAGAAGAAGACUGAGAAGAUGAAGAAAGUAGACGAGAGUGUUUCUGAAUCUCUCGUCGAUGAUCUCCCUGAAGGAUACCAGACACCCCCAAUGGACCUGAGCAUGCUGACUGCCGCCAUUGCUCAGCACAGCGCAACAGAUUCACAGCAACUUGCUAAGCUCAUCCUUUCUGCUUCCAACAAGAUGCAUGCUUUUAAAGAAAAAGCACAGAAGAAAGCAACCAAAGAGGACGGAGUCAAGACAAGGCAUUCAAAGACUAGAAGAGUUGAUUCUUUGGGUCCCAGACUUGGAGAAACACAAAUGAAUAAACAACCCAAUACAACCAGUCAAUCGAGAGACCCUGCCGGUAAUAAAGCCUACAGGGAGAAUGAUGAGGAUCUGAACCCUUCAAGUAUGAAUAUUAGACCAAAGUUGUCGGGAUAUAUAGAUUUGAGUGAGCAAAUGUCUUUGGAUGGUUCAGGUGGAUCCGGAGAACAGAGCAGAAGUUCUAUUUCAUCUCGAGGGUCAAAGGGAAUAGAUGAACAGUCGAUGGACAGAAAUAGAGAUUCUUAUGAAAAGUGCAAUAGAUCAUUAUCUAAGGAGGAAUUGAGAGAAAGUCAUCUAGGUGAUGAUUACUUUGCUGAAAUAACCAGAGAGAGACUACCAAUUAGAGGGAUGGAUAUAUCUGAUACAAUUGACUUCCAGGAUUUAGAAAAUGGCGAUGAUCUCAUGAAAAGUCAGAGCCGCAUGAGUGUUACAAGUUCCCAAGAUAAACUCACAGACUUGGAAAGUCAAAGAAAUAUGGGAAUGGUUGAGGUCUCUCGGAAAAUUCACAAGAAAACAAUCUCAGAUGAGAAUGUGAGACACAUUGAUAGAUCAUCAAGAAGUGAAGAGCUAUUGAAACAAGGUCAUGAUUUCGCUAGCAUGAGGAAUGCUGACAUUUAUCGUAAAGUAGAAGACUGUGGCCAGGGUAUUAACAGACUGCAGCAAAAACAUAAGCUGUCAACUGCUCCUGAUAGAACAAACCUUCCACUCAUGAAUUACGAAAACGAAAACAUAGCUCCAUUAAAGUCGCAAAGUAUUCCAGUUGUAUCAAAGCAUAGAAGAUCAAGAGACAAUGUAGAAAGUUCGAAGUCACAUACUCAGCUUGUUCACCAAGUUGCUGUUCCUCAAAAUGAUUUCAGCAAAGAGAAGAUAUCUAGGGACUUUGUGUACAGUCCCUCCAGAAGGAAAGAUAGUGGACAGGGUCAAAUGGUUGAACCAAGAAGCCAUUCUAUUCCUGAUGGAGAAUCUACAGAAGUAGAACCUAUUGUAGCACGGACACCAGCAGCCACUGGACAAAAUAUUGAAGAUCAAAUUCAAAUAUUGUCUGUAAGUCAACAAAGGUCAAAGAGUACCUCACCAAGACAGCUUGAAAAGAAGACUUCACCAAAGGGUGUACCGGUAAAUGAUGCAAGUAAUCAUUCGAUUCAGAGAAGUUCAAUUUAUGGCUCAUCCUGCAGACCAAAAGAAUCUUUAAGACAGAGAAGGAAAAUUGAUGGUGCUUCCUCUGGAAAAAUUGUUCCUUCCAAGACUUCCUCAAGGGAUGAUGAAGUCUUCAAGAGACCUGAUGUUCCUGUAGUUCCACCAGGCAGUAGAAGUACAUCGGCCAGCAUUCAUGAAACACUGAGCAACAAGGGUCUCCGACUUCCCGAAGGGUUUGUGGAUAUGGAAGACGGAAGGGAAAUGAAUGCUUCCCGCUUUUCUAUUGACAGCCAGGCUGAUAUCAUUUGUGGAAAGCAUAGAAUCGUACAAACGCCACGUGAAAGAAGAACCAAUAAUGCUCCAAGUCGUCAGAGAAUGGAAGGUGUUCCUCCUGGAGAAGGGAAGGAUGUUGAUGCUGAGGUUGAUUCUGGAUUCAGUAGUGAACAACCUCAUAGAUUACCAAACCUUGGAAAUGCACCUCAACUCACUGUAUCAAAUGUUGCUCAUGUGCAAGAAAUGUGGAAGGGGUCGCAGGAAUUACCUGUCACUUUUGAUGAUAUUGAAGGAAGUCAUAACUUCUCAGCAAUAAAAACUGAAAUUUCUCCAGUUGCUUCUCCAAUGCAAUCACCUCAGCAAUCCCCAGUUGGACAAUCAAAACAAAACACAUCAGCAGAAUCAGAUGCUGAAAAGACUCUCCUUGUCCAGUCUACCAAUAGAACAUUAGUGCCGGAAACCCCUGAGUUGAUCAGCCCAAGAAGUAGUGGAUCUUCUCGUAGUCAUAGCAUUGCUAGCAGUAUGAACAGGAGUGCAUCCUCAAGCAGUGACCGUUCCUGUUCAACUCCAAAGCGCAGUUCAAAACAAGAAAGUGACGAUACCAAGAAGGGUCUUGAAAACCCUCCAAACUUUGCUGGUACCCAUCAUCUUGCCCCUCCUCCUUAUCACCAGCCAUACAUUAGCUCAGCUUCUACUGCGCCAUCAAUACCUGACCCAACUAGGCGACCUGUCCUGCCAUCUUACUUAGAGCAACCAACAUUCUAUACCAAUCAAGCACUUUCAGAGACAAAUUUUCUCCAGCACUAUGUAAACGACAGACCAGUAUCCAAACUGUCUUCAACAGAUAUUUCAAGCCUUCAUGAAACAUUGCAACAGCCACGUUCAGCUAGUCACCUGGGAAUACCUAUGGGGACCCAACAGGCAGGACUGUACCCUUUACCAGCUACACACCUGCCAUUGAAUCUCUAUGGAGUCCCUCAUGGUUUGGCUGUUACAGGUUCUGGUGCCACAUCCAUGUACUCAGCUCCUUACACAGCAAGACUUGGGGGACAUCAGCAGCAGAGACGUGUUCGUUCCCGGUCUGUUGAACCACAUUCCAUCAAUCCAUUAUCUUGGCCUGGAUACCAUAUGCUAGAUACCCAAAACAGUGGUGCAGCAGGACUUCUUGAAACUGCUGUUCAUUCUGGACCAACGGUGCCUGUGCCUUCCUUGGGUCAUCCGAGCGGUGCCCCGGCCUCCAUAGUGUCUAAUCUGAUCGUUCCCUUUGAGCAUCGUUUCCGAGAUGUUGCUUGUAUCGGGAUUGCUGCCCAGGAUUCUAUUCAGCUCCAGAAUCCUUCAUCUCGAUGGCUUCAGUGUUUCCUGGAGGUGGUCUCUCUGUCUAUCAAUGGAGAAGAUGUGGACCAUCCCUCUCGCGUCUUCUUCAUGAAGCCUCGUGUCAUCAUCGGACCAAAUACCACAGAGAAACAUAAGAUUACAUUUGCACCUCGUCAGCCAGGUAUUCACGAAGCCAAGAUACAGGUUGGAUCAAGUCCUGUGGUAGCCGAUAGCGAGGCUAGUCUUCUGAGAGUCACAGCUCCACCCAUCAUGACGUUGAGAGCUGUUGCAGAGCUGCCUGAAAUAGAGGUGGACGGUGCGGUCAAGGGAACGGUUGAUCUUGGAGAGAUGGUGUUUGGUAUGGAGAGAUGUAAGACUGUUCAUUUGAUCAACAGAGGGCGCUCUUCACUUCCGGUCAGACUCUUCUUUGUUAACAAGAUGGUAGCUGUGUGGUAUACAGCAAUAAUCACUGCUGAGAAUGGACAAGAUCUGUGCACCUCUGCUGCUCCAGCUAGACCCCUACAUCUCACAUUACCAGGCCAUUCUACUACAACAAUCGACGGUGAAGUAAUGCAGCCACCAUCGAGUAUUACAGUCAAGCUAACAACUCAACGGAGUGAACCUCAUCUCAAAGCAGCUUCUCAUGGUCCUCCUGAGAACAUUCAUCUUUGUCUCAAGGUUGAGCUUGAUGUACCGGAACGAACCGUUUCAUUGGCUGAGGUUGACCUUUUUGCCAGAGUGGGUGUGGCCAAGCUCCAUCUUCCGGAUUCUCAUGCCCAAGGUGCCUUCCUGUUCAAGUCAACAGUAGGUCAGACAGCCAGUAGAAACCUGCUGUUCAAGAAUGCAGGCAACAUCCGUCUUGAUAUGAGGCUGAGGAUACCAAGAGGUAUCGAUUCAUUUGAGGUGAUCCCAGAUACGUUAGUCCUAGAGCCGAGUCAGCAGAGGGAUAUCCUCGUCAGAUUCACACCCAAAGAACAGAUGGCUGUCGUUGAUGUGCCUCUGUUUAUACAAGGAAAACCAGAUGGACCAAACUAUGAGGUCCAAUUACAUGGUGAGAUAGAGACUUCUCAACAGAGGGUUAAACACAAACAACAGACUGCUCAGGUCCUAUGCAACAAGAAAUGCCUAGCAUUCGGAGGAAUCCCUCUAGGAAAAUCUCUGAUGAAGAGUGCAACCCUUCGCAAUCCCACCAAUGAGAUAGUGUCCUUGAAACUCACCAUACAGGAUAGUGAAGAUUUCCAGUUGCAAAGCUCACACGGGAAUCUGAAGAAGUUGUCCAGUUCUUAUCAGGUUGUGAUUAAACCCAAGCAGAACCUUCCUGUUGAUGUUGUCUUCAAUCCAUCCCAGCUCUCGUCAUGCAAAGGAUCUCUUGAUGUAAAACCCAUCCAUGGCUCUACAAAAUACCUGGUACCCCUCAGUGGCUAUGGUGGUGUUUGCAAUCUUGUACUGGAGGAUGCUAAUCUCAGGGGAGACACAUACUUACACGACUUUGGACCUUUGACCUCAAGCCAGCAUACCGUACUCACAUUCAAAGUACGCAACACAGGGCUCAGAGCUGCCUUUGUGAAAGCACUUUGUUUUAAAGACUCGCGAGCAAAGCUGAAACUCCCAAGCAGUCAUCUGAAUGUCGAACCAAGCGAGUUUGUGAUCUCACCUAAGAUGAGCAAGACAUUGACUGUAAUCUUCAAUCCAAAGGAAGAUGAUAUCCAAGAUGCCUUACAGACCCAAGAGGUGGCAGCGGUGGGAUUGUUUUAUGGUGAUGAAGUCCUUAGAAAGCUUCUUCAAAGGCUGAAACCAAGUGAAAUGACAUCGUGUCAGGCCAGCUUAUCUCCUGAUAAUCCAUUGAGAGGAGUUUCAUUUGAUGUUAGGUUUCUUGGAGAAGAACACUGCAAAGAGAAGUUUGACUUAGAUCCUGGAUCCAACAUCUGGUCACUCUUCUACAUGAACAUGUCUAGAGUGUUACUCAGCUUGACUGGUAGAUUGGGAAGAAAGGAGAGGUCACCUCGUAAAGACCGAUCACCGCAUAAAGACCGAUCCCCUACUCACGCUGUGAGCAGUGUUGCUCCUCUCCCUGCUCAAGCUCAGGCUGCUGUUAAAGUGAAGAAGGAACAAACGCCCCAUGGCAUUGUCUUAGGGCAAGAUAGGCUGACCUUUGACCUUACUUCACAAGGUCAAGCAAAGAGGUUGACACUCAUGUGCAAGAACACAGGCAGAGAAGCUCAGUCGGUUGAAUUCUUGAACCCCGAGCCUCCAUUCUACAUUCAACAUCACACCCACACCAUUAGAGCUAAGCACUACGUCAAGGUUCCCAUCUCAUAUAAACCAAAGUCACCAGGAAAACAUCAAAGUUUCAUGGUUUUACAUACACAGACGAGGCAUAGUCUGGUAGCUGAGCUUAAUGGAGAGUGUCAAUGAGUUUCAUGGUCAUACACACAGUGACAUGAUAUAGUCUGGUAGCUGAGCUCAAUGGAGAGUGUCAAUGAGUUAUACACACACUGACAUGACAUAGUCUGGUAGCUGAGUUUAAUGAAGAGUGUCACUGAGUUUCACGGUUAUACACACAGUGACAUGAUAUAGUCUGGUAGCUGAGCUCAAUGGAGAGUGUCAAUGAGUUAUACACACAGUGACAUGAUAUAGUCUGGUAGCUGAGCUCAAUGGAGAGUGUCAAUGAAUUAUACACACACUGACAUGACAUAGUAUGGUAGCCGAGCUUAACGGAGAGUGUCACUGAGUUUUAUGGUCAUACAUACUCAGAGGAGACAUAGUCUGGUAGCUGAGCUUAAAGGAGAGAGUCACUGAGUUUCAUGGUUAUACACACACUGACAUGACAUAGUCUGGUAGCUGAGCUCAAUGGAGAGUGUCACUGAGUUUCAUGGUUAUACACACAGUGACAUGAUAUAGUCUGGUAGCUGAGCUCAAUGGAGAGUGUCAAUGAGUUAUACACACAGUGACAUGACAUAGUCUGGUAGCUGAGCUUAAUGGAGAGUGUCAAUGAGUUAUACACACACUGACAUGAUAUAGUCUGGUAGCUGAGUUUAAUGGAGAGUGUCACUGAGUUUCAUGGUUAUACACACAGUGACAUGAUAUAGUCUGGUAGCUGAGCUCAAUGGAGAGUGUCAAUGAGUUAUACACACACUGACAUGAUAUAGUCUGGUAGCUGAGUUUAAUGGAGAGUGUCAAUGAGUUUCAUGGUUAAACACACAGUGACAUGACAUAGUAUGGUAGCUGAGCUCAAAGGAGAGUGUCAAUGAGUUAUACACACACUGACAUGAUAUAGUCUGGUAGCUGAGUUUAAUGGAGAGUGUCACUGAGUUUCAUGGUUAUACACACAGUGACAUGAUAUAGUCUGGUAGCUGAGCUCAAUGGAGAGUGUCAAUGUGUUAUACACACAGUGACAUGACAUAGUCUGGUAGCUGAGUUUAAUGAAGAGUGUCACUGAGUUUCACGGUUAUACACACAGUGACAUGAUAUAGUCUGGUAGCUGAGCUCAAUGGAGAGUGUCAAUGAGUUAUACACACACUGACAUGACAUAGUCUGGUAGCUGAGUUUAAUGAAGAGUGUCACUGAGUUUCACGGUUAUACACACAGUGACAUGAUAUAGUCUGGUAGCUGAGCUUAAAGGAGAGUGUCAAUGAGUUAUACACACAGUGACAUGACAUAGUCUGGUAGCUGAGCUUAAUGGAGAGUGUCACUGAGUUUCAUGGUUAUACACACAGUGACAUGACAUAGUCUGGUAGCUGAGUUUAAUGGAGAGUGUCAAUGAGUUAUACACACACUGACAUGACAUAGUCUGGUAGCUGAGCUCAAAGGAGAGUGUCAAUGAGUUAUACACACACUGACAUGACAUAGUCUGGUAGCUGAGUUUAAUGAAGAGUGUCACUGAGUUUCACGGUUAUACACACAGUGACAUGAUAUAGUCUGGUAGCUGAGCUUAAAGGAGAGUGUCAAUGAGUUAUACACUCACUGACAUGACAUAGUCUGGUAGCUGAGCUUAAUGGAGAGUGUCAAUGAGUUAUACACACACUGACAUGACAUAGUCUGGUAGCUGAGCUUAAUGGAGAGUGUCACUGAGUUUCAUGGUUAUACACACAGUGACAUGACAUAGUCUGGUAGCUGAGUUUAAUGGAGAGUGUCAAUGAGUUUCAUGGUCAUACACACACUGACAUGAUAUAGUCUGGUAGCUGAGCUCAAUGGAGAGUGUCAAUGAGUUAUACACACACUGACAUGACAUAGUCUGGUAGCUGAGCUCAAAGGAGAGUGUCAAUGAGUUAUACACUCACUGACAUGACAUAGUCUGGUAGCUGAGCUUAAUGGAGAGUGUCACUGAGUUUCAUGGUUAUACACACACUGACAUGACAUAGUCUGGUAGCUGAGCUCAAUGGAGAGUGUCAAUGAGUUAUACACACACUGACAUGACAUAGUCUGGUAGCUGAGCUCAAUGGAGAGUGUCAAUGAGUUAUACACACACUGAUAUGACAUAGUCUGGUAGCUGAGUUUAAUGGAGAGUGUCACUGAGUUUCAUGGUUAUACACACAGUGACAUGAUAUAGUCUGGUAGCUGAGCUCAAAGGAGAGUGUCAAUGAGUUAUACACACAGUGACAUGACAUAGUCUGGUAGCUGAGCUUAAUGGAGCGUGUCACUGAGUUUCAUGGUUAUACACACAGUGACAUGAUAUAGUCUGGUAGCUGAGUUUAAUGGAGAGUGUCAAUGAGUUAUACACACACUGACAUGACAUAGUCUGGUAGCUGAGCUCAAAGGAGAGUGUCAAUGAGUUAUACACACACUGACAUGACAUAGUCUGGUUGCCGAGCUUAACGGAGAGUGUCAAUGCGUUUCAUGGUCAUACACACAGUGACAUGAUAUAGUCUGGUAGCUGAGCUCAAUGGAGAGUGUCAAUGAGUUAUACACACAGUGACAUGACAUAGUCUGGUAGCUGAGUUUAAUGGAGAGUGUCACUGAGUUUCAUGGUUAUACACACAGUGACAUGAUAUAGUCUGGUAGCUGAGCUCAAUGGAGAGUGUCAAUGAGUUAUACACACACUGACAUGACAUAGUCUGGUAGCUGAGCUUAACGGAUAGUGCAAUGUGCAAAAUAGGCGUCAGUGAAACUUAACAGCAUAUUUUCUUCAAUAUCUUUUCAUAGAAAGAUCAUUUCUUCCCCAAAUUGCCUGAACGUGCAACAUACAAGGGGGGUUUCAGAAACAACAACAACUCAAAUUUGACUGAUGUGUCAUUUGCUUCCUUUUGCCAUAGUUGGGAAGUAUAGUGGGAAUCAUUGAUCUGACAUUGGUCUAGCAAUUACUAUUUUUCCCGAGGAGUGAAGUCUUGCUUCGAGGAUAUUACCAGUCCAACUGAGGAUUAAUAAUUCCCACUAUGCUUUCAAAAGAAAAUUUGUUUUAUAACCUACUUUAAAUAAAUUAGAACCAAAAUCUAUGUGCUGAGCUUGCAGAAUACGGUUAGUUGCGCUUAAUGACCUACUUUUCCCUAAGCCACCAUGCUCAAGCGGAACGCGGAUUACUGCCUGUGCUUGUGCAUCAUGGCAUUUACCGGAGAGAGACAGUUCGCUCACUGGCACAUCCGAGAGAUUAGCUAAAUAUCUUAUCUUAACCCUCUUAACCGUAAUAUGCCAAGGGGGGGGGGGUGUUAUCCACCCCAAUCAACAUUUUUUUGCGCUUAAUCUGUUGCGUGAAAUUUUUUCGACUGCGCCUUCCGCCGGCUUUUUACUUUCAAGUCCUGCACAACUUUUGAGACCAGAUUUCUGAUGCCCUAUUACGCAGUUACGAAUUUACGCAGCAUUAUGUAAGUGCAUGUCAGACCCAAAAUUGCUCAAAAACGCGAUUACAUCUACAAAUCCAAUGCAAAUUGUAUUUUUAGCCAAAAUUUAUGAAUGUUUCCAUUAUUUCUACUUUCACUGAUUAAAAUCAACUAAUUUUGCCUUGUUUAUGAUAAGAAUUAAGAUGAUUUCCAU